GGUAACUAUAGGACGUAUGGAUAUUGUAUUCUGAAUGACAAUUGGGCGUUACAUGGUCGAAUGUUACUAUAUAAACUGAUAGAUUGGAUAUAUUUUCAAUCAGUGUAUCGUUCAACCGUGGUGGACACGCGAUAACCAUACAAGCUAUCAUAAACAUACCUAUAAGCAAGCAAAACAGCGUAAUCAAAAUGAAAUUCCAGGUAAGAAAUAAUUAUAUGCUUGCGUCUUCUAGUAUUUAUUGGUAGACACGUCGCGGUAUUUCAACGUUCUUAUAAUUGAAUUUUCUCAUACGAAACACAAUGGCAUAGCCAUAUAGGUGUAGGUAGAAUAUUUGUCGACGGUAAAUACAUAAUAAUUUUUCAUAAAUCUCCUCGGGUACCGGGCAGGGUAGGUAUAGGUUAUACGAGUAGUUAUCGUAAAUGCGAUUCGGUGGGUGUCAGGGGUGCCUGGCAUUUCCGGAUUUUAUAUUGGCGCCCAAAUUUAUAUUCGUUUCGUUUACAUUUAUUCAGUUGACGUAAAUCUGACACCACCGACAAAGAUCAAUUACAUAUAUCUAUACAGUAUUGAACGAUAAAAUUUCCAAAAUGAUCUUACGUCUACUGUGAAUAUAGAUAUUAUUGGUUCCCUACGUUUUUCAUUCUACGCCUCGCGUAGGUUUUCAAAAAUCUCACCCUCUCCCAUUUCAGUAUAUGGGCCCUGAUCAGUACUGGGUGUAUUACAGUGUUAUCCGAAUGACUAAUAACUCUGUCAGUAGUCAUUUAUUUUUUUUCGAAAUCGGGUUUUGUGUCGUGGGACACAAAUGUAGAGAGAAAUUAAAUUUUUAUUUUCGUCCCUCAAUCGCUGAAAAAGAAUAAUUUUGUUUUUCACAUUUUACAAUUUUCAAAAUAUACAAUUUGUAAAAUAUAUCAUUCUAUAAACGUUAAUGUAUCAUACAUUCAAAUGCAUGAAUAUGUGAAAAACGAGUUAUUCACGUUAUGUAAUUACGAAUCAUAAUCGUAAUACAAGGGAAUCGUGGUAAAUCCCAUUCCUAUAUAGAUUAUAGAUAUUUUAUUAAAGAUAUCUGCGUAAGUAUAAUGACUUAGAUGAUUUUAAUCGUGUACCUACAUUGAUAAUAUUAAAAUUUAAUUCAAACGUAUACCCACGUAAAUAGUCGAGAAAAGAACCGAAGAGGACGAAGAAAAAAAAUGCGACUGUAAGGAAGGAUUUGGCAGAUUUGAAUGUAAAUUACAUUUUUGUUUUUUCUAUAUUUUAUUUUUAGACAAACAUAAAUUAGCUAUUUGACAAUUUUGAAUUUUAUUCCGGAGAUUUAUAAAUAUUAUAUUAUAUAUUACAAUUUAUUUCGUAAGUAAACAUUAUUCUAUAUUCACGAUUUUUUAACCUUUGUUUCCAAAAAGUUCUUACCGAAAGCAAGACAUUUUUUUGAAAAAGUAGGUAAAACAUAUCAUUUUUGUUUAUCAACAAAUUGUGCAGAAAUGCCUGAUAUCAUAACACAGUAUCAAAAACAACGUGAAAACUGUAAUUUAUUUUUUAUAUUAAUUUAAGUGACCCGAUAACAAAAUAUAUUGGUAAAAUAAAAAUUCAAAUGUACUUACCUCACAUUUAUAUCUGCCCUAUUAUUCCCUACGCCAUUCAUAUGGUAUCAUAAAUAUUCGGCUGGUCGUGGAGAAACAGUAUUUCGUAGCCACCUUGUGAAUGGAAUUUUGAAGUGUCGAAUAGGCGACAAAUUAUUAUUAUAAUCCUAGAUCGAGUGCCAUAUUUCGACGCGGAACAUUUGAAAAAGAAAUUGUGUUAGGAAAAUGAAAAAAUGAGUUUACGGAGUUAGGGACAAGGACAACAAAUAGAACUACAAUUUUUAAGGUUUUUGAAAGUAUAACGAAUAACUAAAUGUUAAAGUAUUUAUUAUUUUAUUAAUACUUAUUUUAGGCACAUAUUUUAAUAGUGUGUAGACAUAGGUACCUGGAAUUUUAAAAAUCUGAAAAUUGUAAACAUUAGAUAAGAGGAAAAAAAAACCGUAAGGUUGUAAUUGUAAGAUGUAUAAAUUGUGAGACUUUGUGGACAUUAACGAUCGGACCCUUGAGGCUUUGAGCGAAAUUAGGUUUGUGUUGAAGUAUAAUUUAAAAUGCAUAAUAUUAUGCGCUUUUACAGGUAUCAUUCGCUCUGCUCGUCGUCAGCGCGUGCUUCGUCUCUGCGUACACUGCCGAACAGCCAAAGCAGUCAUCUCAAUCAGUCAGCUCGGCCGGAGACCGUAGCAAACGCGGUUUAUACGCUUCUCCAUAUUUGGCUAGCCCGUACGUCGCUUCACCGUACGCCGCUUCACCGUUCGCCGCUUCACCGUACGCCGUUUCGCCGUACGCCGCUUCGCCGUACGUCGCUUCACCGUACGUCGCUUCGUCGUACGUCGCUUCUCGUCAUCCGCACGGCGCGGUCUCUUCGUACGCCACUUACCCGUACGUCGCCAAGACUUUUGCCUCUCCGUACGCUUACUACCCGUGAGAUGAACACCACCACUACGAUAAAUACGGUCAUUUGAUUGCGCUCGAGUUACCACGCCCCGAAAUGUCGACAGCGCUGCGAACACUAUUAUUGACACUACGUUGUUUAUUUUAUGUUUAAAAUUACCUAAUGAAAUAAUCAUAAUCUCGAUAAAUAAAUUUAUAUGUUACGGUAAUAUGCUAUUAGAUGCGCAUUUUUUUAAUUAGUCGUGCGUAGCAAAUUGUUUAAAUAAUUCAAUAUUGAUUACCUAAUGCAAAUAUUAUCGUAUAACAAUUAUGAUAUUAAUUUGGUUCGCCGCUAUCGUUUAUAACUUGAUAAUAAGUGAACGAAAAUUAACAAUGUACAUACUAAAAUGCACGCAAUUGAACGUUUUUUUUUUUAAAAUGUCGUAAUAGCCAAAUGAAAUCUAUUUAUAAUUAUAGUGAUACAUAACUAUAACUAUAUAGCGUUAAAUUUCUACGUGUGUUAACAACUUUAAUAAGAGUAAAAGUUGUAAUAAUAAAUUAAUUAUUAAUAGUUACCUGAAUUUUCUCGUUUACCAUAAAAAUAUGCAAGUCGACGGUGAUCAGCGGCGUAGGAAGACUCGCUAGCGCCCCCGGCAAACUGGUCAAACGGUCGGUCGCGGACGAUUUCAAAGUCGGACAUGCUAGAAUUUAUUUUUAGGCCAAGCGUACGAAAACAUGGACAUAUUAUCUAUAUUAUUUAUUUAUUACCUAAACUGUUUAGUUAUUAUUUUUAUGCACGAGAAUUAAUCUUGGUGAUAAAUAACAAUAAUGUCGAUACAUUGUGUAUAAUUUUUAAUAUUUUAUUUGGUUCCGUAUGUCAAAUGUUUGUCGUUCACGUGUUCAUUUCUAGUUCAGUAAUCUAAAGUUUCGUUAAUUUCGUUAAUUCGAAAGGACGUUAGAAAAAAAAAAAAAAAAAAAAAAAACAACGACACAGGGCGCUAAAAACGUAAAUACCUCUUUGCGGACUGUUAUUGAUUAAUCGAUAUAAUAUUAUAUUGUUGCGUGCGCCGAAAACACUCGAAAGCUCGCCAAGAUAAUUCGUGCAAACGUAAGAAAUUCGAAAAUUA